AUGUCGACUAAUGAGACAAAAAACAUCUGGUUUGCAGUGUGGCUUACUGAGUUUCUUCUGAUGUUUAUAAUCAAUGCCUUCACUCUCAUUAUCCUUGCAAGAACCCUCCAGCUACGCAAGCGCAGUACGUACCUGAUAAUAAACCUGACUGUAGCUGAUCUACUGAUAGCAGCCGUUUCAGGACCUGAAACCAUUCUGUUUUUUAUACGAAACAAAAGACCAAACAAAGGCUUCGGGAUUUUAUAUUCAAUAAUCUCUGACAUGUGUUGGAUAGCUUCGCUGGGUAACCUAGUUUUAAUUUCUUUAGAGCGAUUGCACGCAACACUAUACCCAUUUAGGCAUUAUUGUUUAGUUGGAAAACGCAUUUAUUAUAAGAUUAUCAUUUUUAGUUGGCUGGGAGCUUUGACUCUAGCAUGUGUUCCACACAUCAUUCGCAUGAAUGAUUCGGCCCUCGCAGAUGGAUACCCCUGGAUAAUUUAUAUUUUUCUUACCCUUACAGUGCUAACAACAUCUAACGUUAUAAUAAUUUCAAAAUUUAUUAGAAGACCUCAUGUCCGGCAGUUAGGGUCAGUUAUGGCAGCAGAAAGAAAACUUUCAGUAACUUUAUUCAUAGUUAGUGUAAUUUAUAUUUUUCUUACCCUUACAGUGCUAACAACAUCUAACGUUAUAAUAAUUUCAAAAUUUAUUAGAAGACCUCAUGUCCAGCAGUUAGGGUCAGUUAUGGCAGCAGAAAGAAAACUUUCAGUAACUUUAUUCAUAGUUAGUGCUGCCUCUAUACUUACUCUUCUUCCCUAUGUAAUAAUUAUUUGUAUCUCGAUAAUUUCAGACCGUUACUUAUGGAUUAAGUUCACACCUACAAAGAUAGCAUCAGCAUUUUAUCACCUUAAUUCUAUAUUGAAUCCAGUGAUCUACGCAAUUAGAUUGCCAGAAUUCAGGAGAGCUAUGAAGGAGCUUUUCUGCAAAAACACUUCGUAUCUAGUAAGGCGGGUCCAACCUAUUGAACUGCAAGCAAUGUAG